AAGCGAGACAGCAAGCCGGAGAUGCAAUUCUGUCAACGUAAUCAAAAAAUUCUGAAGAUGGUUUUUAAACAAUUUUAAACGAGACGAGUUUUGAUUUAUUUUUAAGUGGUUUAAGCACGAUUUGAUAGCUUAAGUAGUUAGUUUCAGCGAUUGUGACACGCAAGGAAGAGAUGAAACUGUUUAGACAGUGAAUAACCUUCGUUUAACUUGAAAUUGGAACGAUUCCAAGUAGGGAGCAAAGAAAACUGGUUUUGACCAAAUUCGCACCGCGAUGGCACCGAAAGCCAACAAUAGCAACUUGAAAUACUUGAGUUUGGUGACGCUGACCCUGCAGAAUGCCAUCCUCGGCCUUAGCAUGCGUUACGCCCGGACCCGGCCCGGCGACAUGUUCCUCAGCUCGACGGCCGUUGUAAUGGCCGAGGUGGUCAAGCUGGCCACCAGCCUGGUGCUGGUCUUCCUGGAGGAGGGCAAAAGCGUGCUGCGGCUCAAGGCGACCCUGCACAACACGAUCGUGAAGCAACCGAUGGACACGCUCAAGAUCUGCGUUCCGUCCUUCCUGUACAUCCUGCAGAACAACCUGCUGUAUGUGUCCGCUUCCCACCUGGACGCGGCCACCUACCAGGUCACGUACCAGCUGAAAAUCCUGACGACGGCCGUCUUCGCCGUGAUAAUCCUUCGCAAGCGACUCCUCCCAACGCAGUGGGCCGCCCUCGUGGCCCUGGUCAUCGGCGUGGCCAGCGUCCAGCUCGCGCAAACCGACUCCAGCGGAACCGCCGCUUCCCGCCAACAACAAAUGCCCGGCGAACCCGAGCAAAACCGCCUUCUCGGCUUCAGCGCCGCCCUCGGCGCUUGCUUCCUCUCCGGCUUUGCCGGAAUCUACUUCGAAAAGAUGCUCAAGGGCGCCGACAUCUCCAUCUGGAUGCGCAACAUCCAACUCUCCCUGCUCUCCCUCCCCUUCGGCCUCCUGACCUGCGUCGUCAACGACGGCUCCAAACUCUCCGCCAACGGGUUCUUCUUCGGCUACGACGGCUUCAUCACCUACCUAAUCAUCCUGCAAGCCGGCGGUGGCCUCAUCGUCGCCGUCGUCGUCAAAUACGCCGACAACAUCCUCAAAGGAUUCGCCACCUCCCUGGCCAUCAUCAUCUCCUGCGUCGCCUCGAUGUAUCUGUUCGAUUUCACGCUCACGAUGCAGUUCACCGUCGGAGCGGCGCUCGUCAUCGGGUCGAUCUUCCUGUACGGGUACGAUCCGGGCGCGGCCACCGGCAAGCACAAAGUGAUCAAGCUUAGCCCGGACGGCGGCCAGGACCAGGUUCGACUGCUGGCGGAGAAGGUGUGAACGCGAGAGUAUUAUUGGAUGGCGAAUUGCGCGCACUUUAUUGGAAACACACAACACAACACGUAAUUUUAAGGUGAUACAAUUCUAAUGUUGGUUUAGAAGCAAAAACAUAAUGCAAUCUGAGAGAGUAAGAUCCCCCGUAACGUUACUUAAGGUAAGGCAACGAGAGAGAGAGAGAGAAGGUCGUUUUAGUUCUAUUGUGACGUCGACAAGUUUAUCGAGUUCUAAUAAAGAAGAAUCAUAAAUUUUAAA